CUAUGGCUAGACACUUGACAUUUGACAGUGACGACGUGUGACGUAAAACGUGCUUGCAUACACAGCUUUUGGUGAAUACAGCGACGAGAAAAUGUCAUAUGCUACUCAAGAUGCAGAAGAAAAAUAUUGUGAUUCCGCGGUUGAAUCAACACAUGUGAAAAACGCCUUAAAAAGGCAUGCUGAUGAUCGUGAUGACGACAGCAAUGAACCACCUCGCCAAAAGCCCGCUACCGAAGAACAUAGCUCUGUGGUAGCGGCCCAUUAUAACCAUCUAGAAGAGAAGGGCUUGAGAGAACGAUUUAACUCACCCAUAUAUUACCUACGUAAUUUUAAUAAUUGGGUUAAAAGUGUGUUAAUCCAGGAGUACACGGACAAAAUUCGAGAGAAAGACUAUGGCAGAUCAUUGAGAGUGCUAGAUAUAUGCUGUGGAAAGGGUGGUGAUCUAAGUAAGUGGCAAAAAGCCAGAGUAGAACAUGUUGUAUUUGCUGACAUAGCUGAGGUAUCAGUUCAACAAUGUCAAACAAGAUAUGAUGAACUGCGUGCACGGACAAGGGGUGGUCGGGUGUAUUCAGCUGAAUUCAUUGCAGCCGAUUGUUCUAAGGCUACACUGAGAGACAAAUAUAGAGAUCCUUCUAUCAGUUUUGAUAUUGUGAGUUGCCAAUUUGGACUGCAUUAUAGUUUUGAAAGUUUACCACAAGCAAGGAGGAUGCUCACUAACAUAUCAGAGUGUUUAAAGCCAGGUGGUUACUUUUUUGGGACCAUUCCAGAUGCCUAUGAAAUUGUUUCCCGAAGUCAAAAAUCAAAUGGUUCAUUUGGGAAUAGAAUUUAUAAUAUUAAAUUGCUUUUUGAUAUUGAGAAAGGCUAUCCCCUUUUUGGGGGAAAGUAUGAUUUUCAUUUAGAAGGUGUUGUGGACUGUCCAGAGUUUUUAGUGAAUUUCAAACUAUUUACUAAACUUGCUUUAGAGUAUGGAUUAGAACUAGUAUAUAAAGCAAGAUUUGCUGAUUUCUUUAAAGAUCACUCUGAGAAAUACAGGCACCUAUUACAAAAAAUUGUGUGCUUUGAAAGUUAUCCACCACCUCCUGGAAAAGAACUGAUUGCUGAUGAAAAAGAAUAUGAACAUGCUAAGCAGUACUGGGAAAGCAAAGAAAACAAGACUGAACGAGACAGAGUUGGGACUAUGAGUACAAGUGAAUGGGAAGUAGCCACGGUGUACAUGGCAUUUGCAUUCAGGAAACUGAAGAAUACUUGGGAUGCAAAUGGGAAACCUGUAUAUUCAAAGCCAAGAGAAGAAAACCAAACAACAAAUAAAAAUUAGUUAUAAUCAUUUAGGUUUUAAGAUUAUUGAUAAUUUUAUCAGUAAAUAGAACCUUGACAUUUUUGUUAAAUAAGUAUAUUUUGUUUCUUGUUCUGGGAAAAUGGCCUAAAAUGAAGGCAAUAUGAUGAAUUCUGAAGAAUAAAAUAAAAAGGUUAUUGGAAAAUUUUAGAAGAUUCGAAUAUUAGAUAUACACUAGAAGAAAGUAACAAAAAAAAAAUGUUAAACAACUGAGGAUAUUAGUGCCUCUACAUACUUGUAUACUUCAUGUAAAAACUUACCACACACAUCAUCACUAUGAUUUAGCUUACAGAUAGCUUGAAAUUUAAAAAACCAUGUGAUCAAUGCUUUGAUUUAUUUAUUUAAUACUUGGUGACUUCAGAUAUAUGAAUCUUUUGAUUUACUAUUAUGGUAUUUUAAUAACUUUAGCUGAUGAAUUGUAAGUUAAUGACUGUGUAAGUUAAUAAUGAUAUACCUUCCUAGAUAUGUUAAUCAAUAAAAUAUAGUUAGUAAAAUUACUAAUUUAUGUUAUCAUUGUUGUAAUGACUUUAUAUCGUAUUCUUGCAUUUACCUUUAACACUUACGAGCUUGUCGCGGACCACCACAUUAUACAAUAGAUAACAAAUUUUAAUUUUUUAUUUCCAUCUGAUACAUUAUUUUAAAUCAUUA